UACAUACAUAUGCAUUUGUAUGUAUGUGUACAUACGUGGUUAGGUUAUUAGGCCAUUUAGGGUAUUGUGUGUGGCUGAUAAAGCUGAUUGUAUCAUCGCGCGGUUGUAUUUGGCUCGUUUUGUAUUUUCUUAAUUUUAUGAAUGUUUUAGUCAUUUAAACGAUUUUCGACAAAUUUAGAACAUGUCCACGAAAUCGCCAGUAGAUUUGCGAGCAGAGUUGGCAGAAUUAGUAAAACGCAAAGCUGAAAUCGCUGAGACGUUGGCCAACUUGGAACGUCAAAUAUAUGCUUUUGAAGGAAGCUAUUUAGAGGAUACUCAAUUGUAUGGAAACAUAAUAAGAGGUUGGGAUAGAUAUUUGGCGAGCAACAAAAAUACUAAUAGUAAAGCUGAUAAGCGUAACAGGAAAUUUAAAGAGGCAGAAAGAUUAUUUUCUAAAUCGUCUAUUACAUCUAUGGCUGCGGUUAGCGGACUCGUUGAGAACACACAAGAAAAAAUUGAACGAUACAGCGAAUCUGAGUCUCAGAUUGGAAAUAGUGGCAGCGAGGACAAUUGCAACUUUGGCAAUUCAAAUACGAUUCCUUCCAGCAAUAACAAAGAAGCUAGUGGGAAAAAUCAUACUUCUAUUCAAACUGGACAUGUCCAAAAUAGUGGCACUCUUAAUAGCUCUGACAAUACUUCGAUUCAAUUUACAAAUGGAUCGAUGUCCAAUGGAAAUUUAGAACAUGUUAACACACCUGUUAAAGAAUGUCAUAGUAAUAGUAAAGACUCCAAUAAAAAUAAAGCUGGAAACAGCGCAAAAAAGAAUAGCAAUAAAAGAGCUAGGAAUAGAUAGAAAUAGGUAGAAAUUAUAGUGAUACGAUAUACAUUAGUGAAACAUGUGUUAACUCCAUUUCAUUUUUAUUAUUAUUACUAAAUGAUAUAUAUGGACGGAUUGUGUUUGUCAUUUACGGCUUUUUUCUUAUUUGUAAUCUUUACAUCAUAUUUAACGUUUAUUGCACAUCCAAAUAUUAUCGUUAAAUAUCAGUUAUUUUGGUACAUAACAAUAUUUUCAUUUUAAAACAUAAAACUGUAUAAUUAAGUUAACACAUUUUGUUUCUUGAGUUAAAUUAGUUUUAUUGUA